AUGGCCGACUGUGACCUCAGGUUGGUGGUGACAGUCAUCUGUCAUAGCACGGUUAAUUCCCAGCGCUCCCAGGGUCGACAGAUGACAAAUAAUGAGUCUGACGGUGUUCCUGGGUUAGACCAGGGCCUCAUCGUGUCAGUUGGCUCUCACUCGGACCCCAAGUGUAAGGUACCUGAACUAAGUCACAGGAGCAAAACUUUUGAGUGGGUGAAAGUGAAGAGAACUCGACCUCGGACGGCCAAGAUGCACAUGGCCUGUGGAUUGAGUAUAGUUGCACGGGGGUCAGUAUGGACAGAGGACUUGGAGGUAACCACCGAUGGGCACCAUCUUACUGCUAACCGGGUACCAAGGACCAACUUCACCACAAAACAGCUCACGGAGCUCGAGAAGGAUUUCCACUUCAACAAGUACUUGACGCGGGCCAGAAGAGUGGACAUCUCGAGCGCCCUGCAGCUGAGCGAGACGCAGGUGAAGAUUUGGUUCCAGAACCGGCUCAUGAAACACAAGAAAUUAACGCGCGAAGGCCUUCUUCUCCCGGUGACGCCUUUGGCGUCCUCGAGAUGCUCAGAACGCUCACGCUCCAACAACUUGGACACCUGACCCGACCUCGUGCUCUCCC